AUGUCUGACCAACCCCCCAAACAAGACGUCACCAAAGGCAAGACUCGUGGCCCUGCCUAUCCUCUGAUCAACCCCAAUGCAAACCUCGAAGCUCAAUUCAAGAGAACCUACCACGAAAUGCUCGAUCUCACUGACCAGAGCAGAAGGAAGCCUAGAAGGUCGCCUACAUCCUCCUGUCGCACGGUAACUUGCCAGUUCUCCACCGCGCUUUCGCCCACAUGGUUGGUCCUCGCACAAGGCCACGAAGAUUGCCUGCUUCAUGCCGAGAAAGCCGUCGAGAUCGCUGAAUGGGGCUUGAACGAGUAUGGCAACGACAAAGGUGUGGGGUCCGAGCUACUCGCUUUCACUCAGCGUAUCCUCGGAGAGGUACAGGCUCGCCCUGUCCAAGAAGAGGAGGAGACCCACGAGAUUGAGGCACACGAACAGGAGGGAUCUGCCGCCGGCGAGUCUGCUCAGGGACAGGGUCAAGAGAGUGCUGCUCCCUCGGAUGCUCCCAGCACACCCACUUCCGACAACAUCACUGCUCCCAGCUGCGAGUGCAUAGGGAAGGUGUAA